AUGACGACAGCCACCGGCGUCAGGGAAUUGCAGGUUCGCGAGGCCAUCAACGAGGCCAUACGGCAGGAGAUGGAGCGCGACGAAUCGGUCAUUAUCAUGGGUGAGGAGAUCGCUGGCGGCGCGGGUCGCGAGCACUUGGGCAUCGUCGAUGCUUGGGGCGGGCCCUUCCGGACCACCGUAGGCCUCAUCCAGCAGUUCGGCAACCAGCGGGUGCUCGACACUCCCCUGUCCGAGGCCGCCUUCGUUGGCACUGCCAUCGGCGCCGCGUCCACCGGCAUGCGGGCCAUCGCCGAGUUGAUGUUCGUCGACUUCAUCGGCGUCUGUAUGGACCAGAUGCUGAACAAUGCCGCCAAGAUGCGUUACAUGUUCGGUGGCCAGGUUAAGGUGCCUUUCGUAAUGCUUACCCGCAUCGGGGCAGGAUUCGGCAGCGCAGCCCAGCACUCCGAGUCCUACUACUCCAUCUUCAGCCAUAUCCCGGGCCUGAAGGGCGUGGCCUUCCGACCCCUACACCGCCAAGGGGCUUUAACCGCGGCCAUCCGCGACGACGACCCGGUGGUGUUCUUCGAGCACAAGGGCCUGUAUACCAACCGCGGCCCGGUGCCGGAAGAAUCCUACAUCUUCCCCAUCGGCAAGGCCCGCACAGUGCGCCAAGGCACAGACGUCACAAUCGUCGGCAUCUCCAAAAUGACCUGGAUUGCCAACAACGCUGCCGAAGAGCUGGCCAAGGAGGGCAUCAACGCCGAGGUGAUUGACCUCCUCAGCAUCUCGCCCAUCGACUACGACCAUGUCCUGGAGUCGGUGCGCAAGACCCACCGCCUUGUCGUGGUGGACGAGGACACGCCAGUGUGCAGCUUGGCCUCUGAAAUCUGCUCCCGUAUCGCCGAAGAGGGCUUUGACUACUUGGACGCCCCGCCGUCUCGCGUGACUUCCCCCCACACUCCGGUCCCAUAUAGCCGUGCGCUCGAGAACAUCUACCUGCCCAACGAGGAGCGGGUUAUCAAAACGGUCCGGGGCCUGUUCCGCUAG